CUAACUCACCUCUACUCUCUCUCUCUAUCUCUGUCCAAUUAUCUCAGACCUCAGCAGCUUCCAUAAAUAAAUACUAGUACAACCCUUUUUCACUAACCUUUCUCUCAAACCACCAUCCCCAAAAAUACUCUGAUUUUUUCUCUUCCUCUUCAUUUAAUCUUCUCUUUUCUUUUUUCAUAAUCUCUUCUGACUAACUCACUACUAGUCUCUGCAAAAUUUAAUUCAUCUCUGCUACCUAACACUAAUAAUUUUAAAUAAAUAAAAAACAGUUGUUAAAUUAACCCUAGUUGAAUCCUAUAUAUCCUACUAAAAGCCUGUAGUUAUAUUAUACCUCAUCAAAACCAAUGCAAAUAAUGAGUCACUCAUGAUGAUAUAAUCACUCUUUUUCACUCUCUUCCUUCAUUCAUUCAUUCCAUUCUCUCAUAUCCAUCAUUAUGCAAACUUUAUUUUCUUCUUCUUUAGAACCUGACCUUUCUUUAAACAUAAGUCCACCUUCCAUUUCAGAUUCUCAUCAAAUCAAUGGAAUAACAAAAGCACUUUAUCAUCAUCAUCAUCAUCAUCAUCAUAAUGAUAAUAUAUGUUCAAUAUCAACUACUUCUGAUUCUGCUAGUAGUGAAAGUGAGUUAAGCCAUGAAAAUCCCUUCAUCCAUCAUCAUCAUCAUCAUGAGCCAACAUUGAGAUUAGGUUUCGGAAACUCAGAUUUGAUGAAUCCACAUCAUCAUAAUCAUCAUCUUCAUCAUCAUCAAGCUCACGGCGUGUCGAGAAACUUCAUCCAACCUCACAUCUACGGCCGUGAUUUCAAGCGUAAUACACGAACCGGUGUCAAAAGAAGUGUUAGAGCUCCAAGAAUGAGAUGGACUACAACUCUUCAUUCUCAUUUUGUUCAUGCUGUUCAACUUCUUGGUGGCCAUGAAAGAGCAACACCAAAAUCUGUGUUAGAGUUGAUGAAUGUGAAGGAUCUAACCCUAGCACAUGUGAAGAGUCACUUACAGAUGUAUAGAACAGUGAAAACCACUGACAAAUCAGGAACAGGUCAUGGGAUGCUACAGACACAAGGUAUUAAUAAUAAUGUUCCUUUGCAUGGAUCAGCUUGUGAGAGAACAAAUUUACCACAACAAAGGACACAUUGGCAAGAAUCAAUGGAGACAAAUACAAACAAUUCUGAAGAAAAAUCUGAAAUUGGUUUGACGUAUUCACAUUUCAAGGAAAAUGAUACCAUGGUGAAAUGUUCAGACUCUAUGAUUGACUUAGAAUUCACACUUGGAAGACCAAAUUGGGAAAAAGAAAAUGGUGAAUCAUCAAGAGAAUUACCUCUUCUUAAGUGUUGAUUAAAGACUAAUUAAUUAAUUAAUUAACUUUUAAUUUCUUUUUGUUGUUACAUUGCUAGGAAAAAUAUUAUUCCAUGUGAAUGGUUUAAAAUAUUUAUAUCUAAGUUUUGUAUGAAAGGGAAAUGAUGGAAUAUUGGGAUGAAUAUUUGCUACAAAACAUAUGCUUGAGUCCAAAGAAUUUCAGGGUUUGUCUUUGAUGUCAUUUUCAGUGCAAGGUAUGUAACAUUAAAAAAAAAUAGAAGGGCUAUUCAGAAUAUGGACCAUGACUGUUAGUUAGCAAAAUAGGACCCAUUUGGGACCUUAUAUUGGACAUGUGGGUCAUGGUUUAUGUCACACUAGCUAUCAUAACAUCGUUCUCAAUAUAUAUAUGUAAUGUUUCAAGAGAGUUAUAUAAUAUAAUA